GUGCGUGUGUGUGAGCCUGCCUGCAUUAGUGUGUGUUUUUAAAAUGUGCAUCUAAUCUGAUGAAGCGGCGGCUGGGAUUUAUCCAGGAGCCCAGUGCCAGCUUAGCUGCAUUGUCACGGGUGUCUUGCGCACCAGGGAGAUGGGGAAUACUCUUGGUUGUGUUAAAGAGCCGAAAGAGCAAGCCGGGGAGGCGGGGAAUGCUCCCCUCUCCCCCAAAAGAAAAGCCCGCUUCAAACGCAAGAGGAAGGGGAAGAAGAGGAUGGCUCCAGAGAAGGCUGAUCUGGUGCUGGAGGGACCCUCCAAAGGGGCUGAGAUUGAUGCUGAAGAAGAAGAGAAGGAGGAGGAGGAGAAGGAAAAGGAGGCAGUAAAGAAGUUCAGAGUCUCUCCCUUGCAGGAGGAAGGGAAGGACGUUGUCAGGAGCUUGCACCUAAAUGCAGCCUCAUGUGGCGAGGCUUGUCCCACUUUGGAACCGGAACGUCCAGAGCAAGGGCAAGUUGUGCAGGUGAGGGAGAGAUUCCAAGGGAAACUUGAGCGAGCUCACCUGGUGACUGGAAAUGCCUCCCCUGGGUCUGGAACUCCGGGAGACCUUCUAGAAGGGGGCACCACUGUCAUUGCCCGCCUGCUUGACAACCCAGCAGAGCAGAACCGUGAAAAGGUGGCGAGCCAGCUGGUUGCCUUUCAGAGGCCAGGUUCUGGCAACAGCCGAGCCAUUCUGUUGCCUUUGCAAUGGGAAGUGUCGGCCGAAGGACCCCAGGAGGAUGACACAGACACGGUGGUAGUGGUGUGCAGGACUUGGGAGCAACCAAAGUUGGAGACCCCCUCAACUCUGGCUGAAGAGUCCCCCGAGGCCUGGAAUAGUGAAGAAGGAAAUGAAAGCUUAUCAAGUGCUACGUGGGCCGCUUCUUGGACAGCGGAGAAAGGCACCAUCUCAGAGCUGUCCACGCCAUCACCCUUGGUGGAUCAGAUGGACACCCAAGCCACAGAGAAGCCUCCACGGCUGCCAUUGGCACAAGAGCCACUUGUUGGCAAGGGGGCAGAUGGCACCUGGUCAAAGCUGCCUGCCUCCCAAAGCAAGUCGUCCUUCAGUGGGUCAACCUCGAGCACCUUCCAGUGUUCCUCAGGAUAUGGGAGUGACUCCACUCACCAGCAGGUCAAGGUGACCCGGGCCAACAGGAAACCCAUGUUGCUCUGUGCAGAUGGCCCCACUUCCUCGGUGGGAGAAGACCUUGAAUGGAGGAUGACGACAAAGGAGAACAUUAGGCCAACUGAAGGAGGGAUCUCCGACAUCUACAUCAGCGGAGAGUCAGGGGACAUGUCCGCCAAAGAGAAGCUCCUCCUAUGGUCGCAGAAGGUGACUGCAGGUUAUGUGGGUGUGAAGUGCACCAACUUCUCAUCCUGCUGGAGCGAUGGAAAGAUGUUCAAUGCUAUUAUCCACAGAUACAGGCCAGAUCUAGUGGAUAUGGAGAGGGUUCAGAUUCAGAGCAGCCGAGAUAAUCUGGAACAGGCCUUCGAGAUUGCCGAGCGUCUUGGGGUCACCAGGUUGCUGGAUGCAGAAGAUGUUGAUGUCCCCUCACCAGAUGAAAAGUCUGUAAUAACUUAUGUGUCUUCAAUUUACGAUGCCUUUCCUAAAGUCCCAGAGGGAGGAGAAGGGAUCACGGCCACCGAGGUGGACACAAGGUGGUUAGAAUACCAGAACCAUGUGGAGACACUCAUCUCCUGGAUCAAGCAGCACACGAUAAUGAUGUCUGACAAAUCUUUUCCCCAGAACCCUGUAGAACUCAAGGCACUUUAUAACCAAUACAUCCACUUCAAAGAAACAGAAAUCCCAGCAAAACAGCGAGAAAAAAGAAGCAUUGAAGAGUUGUAUAAACUGCUGGAGACCUGGAUUGAAUUUGGCCGCAUUAAGCUGCCGCAGGGCUACCACCCCAAUGAUGUGGAGGAAGAGUGGGGCAAGCUCAUCAUAGAAAUGCUGGAGCGCGAGAAGUUGCUGCGGCCGGCCGUGGAAAGGUUGGAGCUUCUACUACAGAUAGCAAACAAAAUUCAGAAUGGAACUCUCAGCUGUGAGGAGAAACUCACCCUGGCGAGGAACACACUGCAAGCUGAUGAAUCGCACCUGGAGUCGGGUCAGUCAGUACAGUAUGAAUCCGAUGUCGUCAUGUACCUCCAGGAGAGUGAAGGGCUCAUCCGCCAACUACAGGUGGAUAUUCAGAUACUCCGGGAAGCGAACUACUACCAGUUGGAGGAGCUAGUCUUCAAGAUUGUGAGGCUUAAAGAUGAGCUGGUUACCUUGAGGCUGGAAUGCACCAACCUUUACCGGAAAGGGCACUUUUCCUCCCCCUCCUCCUUGGACUUGGUCCAGCCUUCCUCCUUGAGCACCAGGCACCUUAAGGUUGAGCCCUUACCGAAAGGAACGCACACUACUACCACCACUGCCUCUACCUCCUGGUUCCGGAAGCCAAUGACACGCACAGAAUUGGUAGCCAUUUCCUCUUCUGAAGAUGAGGGAAAUCUCCGGUUUGUGUACGAGCUGCUCUCUUGGGUGGAAGAGAUACAGAUGAAGCUGGAGCGAGCCGAAUGGGGGAGCGACCUGCCCAGUGUAGAAUCCCAAUUGGAGGUCCAGCGCCACGUCCACAGCAGCGUAGAAGACCUGGGCUCCAGUGUGAAAGAUGCCAGGAUGUACGAGGGUAAAAUGUCUCCAAAUUUCCGCACUAGCUACACAGAGACUCUUAGUAAGCUGGAGACCCAGUACUGCAAACUGAUGGAAACGUCCAGUUUCCGACUGCGUCACCUCCAAAGCUUGUACGAGUUCGUGUCUCGAGCGACAACUGAAUUAAUUUGGCUAAACGAAAAGGAAGAGGAAGAACUGGCAUAUGACUGGAGUGACAAUAAUCCCAACAUGGCUGCCAAAAGGAAUUAUUUCUCAGAGCUCACAAUGGAGCUGGAGGAGAAGCAGGAUGUGUUCUGCUCUCUGCAAGACACAGCCGAGAUGUUAUCAUUGGAGAAUCACCCGGCCAAGCAGACUGUGGAGGCAUACAGUGCAGCGGUGCAGACACAGUGGCAAUGGAUCAAGCAGCUGUGCUUGUGUGUGGAUGAGCACGUGAAGGAGAACACCGCUUACUUCCAGUUCUUCAGUGAUGCCCGAGAUUCGGAGACAUACUUGAGGAACCUCCAGGACACCAUCAAAAGGAAGUAUUCUUGUGACCACAACACCAGCCUGACACGCUUGGAGGAUCUGCUCCAGGAUUCUAUGGAUGAAAAGGAGCAGCUGAUCCAGUCCAAGAGUUCUGUUGCCAGCUUAGUGGGUAGGUCCAAAGGCAUUGUCCAGCUUAAGCCACGAAACCCCGAUCACGUUUUGAAGAACACCAUCUCUGUGAAGGCCGUCUGUGACUAUCGACAAAUUGAGAUCACCAUCUGCAAAAACGAUGAGUGUGUCCUGGAAGAUAAUUCUCAGCGGACGAAAUGGAAAGUGAUCAGCCCCACCGGGAAUGAGGCCAUGGUCCCCUCUGUUUGCUUCUUGGUCCCCCCUCCCAACAAAGAGGCUGCUGACGUGGCCAACAGGGUUGAACAGCUGUACCAGAAGGUGAUGGCCCUGUGGCACCAGCUCCAUGUCAACAUGAAGAGCCUUGUCUCCUGGAACUAUUUGAGGAAGGACAUCUCUUUGGUGCAAAGCUGGAAUAUGGAGAAGCUCAGGGCCUUGGUCCCGGGGGAAUGCCACCAAUCCAUGAGGAGCCUGCAGGUGCACUACGAGGACUUCUUGGAGGACAGCCGGGAUUCAGAGCUCUUCUCCGUAGCUGAUCGCCUGCGCCUGGAGGAAGAAGUGGACUCUUGCAAGGAGCAUUUCCAGCAGCUUUUGCAGUCAAUGGAAAAUGAAGACAAAGAUGAGACUGCCUCUCGGACAUACCUCUCUGAGCUGAAGAACAUCCGCCUCCACCUGGAUGAAUGUGAGCAGCGGCUGGUGGGCACCAUUCGGACAGUGAGCAGCACCAGGACGGAUGGGGAUGCCUUGCAGGAAAACACGUUUCGGAUUGCUGAGCAGGAGCGAUUGAAGGACGAUUUGCAUCGUUUGAAGACUGACAUGGAGCAACUCUCGGAGAGAUGCAGUAUUUUCUUGCACAAGUCUCCAACGGGAUCCAGCACCCCACAUCUUCGUUCUGAGCUUAACCUGCUGGUGGAAAAAAUGGACCAUGUCUAUGGGCUCUCCUCUGUCUACCUGGAUAAGCUAAAGACGGUUGAUGUCAUCAUUCGCAAUACCCAAGGAGCCGAGUCCUUGGUCAAAGGCUACGAGGCUAAAUUGAGUCAAGAGGAGGCUGUGCCUGCUGACCUAAGGGCCAUCCAGUCUCAUCGAGCCACGUUACAGCAAUGGAUCGGCGAAGUGAAUGAAAAAAACGCUGUCUUUGCAAUGCUGGAAGAUGACUUGGCAAGGGCUAAAGUUGUGGCAGACCAGCUGUACCGUUUGAAACAGGAGCGCAGUCUGGACCUGGAACGUUACCAGGAGAAAGGCACGCAGCUGUGGGACCGCUGGCAGAGGGUCAGCCUGCAGAUUGAGACUCGCCAAUCAGAGCUGGAGAGUAUUGAGGAAGUAUUGAGCGAUUACCGGAACUGUCAUGGGGCACUAAUUCAGUGGAUUGAGGAGACCACAAUCCAGCAGGAACUGAUGAAACCUGGACAAGCGGAAGACAGCAGGGUCCUCUCAGAGCAACUCAGCCAACAGAUGGCACUGUUUGCUGAAAUAGAGGCGAAUCAAACCAAACUGGACCAGUGUCAGAAGCUUUCUCAGCAGUAUUCAGCUGCUGUCAAGGACUAUGAGUUGCAGUUGAUGACGUACCGUGCCUUUGUGGAAUCUCAGCAGAAGUCUCCCAUGAAGCGCCGGCGCAUGCUUUCCUCCUCUGAUGCCAUCACGCAGGAGUUCAUGGAUUUGCGGACGCGAUACACAGCCCUGGUCACAUUGACCACGCAGCACGUGAAGUACAUCAGUGACGCCCUCCGGCGCCUGGAAGAGGAAGAAAAAGUUGUGGAGGAAGAGAAGCAAGAACAUGUGUACAAGGUGAAGGAACUCCUGGGCUGGGUCACAAAUUUUAAGCAGAGUGCGCAGUUCAAAAGCAUCCCACCGAAGAGCAAAGAGCUAGGCGAUAUUGAGAAGUCCAUCUCGGAGCAGCAGGUUCUAAAUGAAGAAUUGGCCGCGAAGAAGGAGCAGGUCUCGGAAGCUGUCAAAACUGCCCAGAUCUUCCUCGCAAAGCACAGCCACAAGCUUUCUGGUCAGGAGAAGGAACACAUUUUGACCCAGCUGAAUGCCCUUAAGGAGACUUAUGCUCAGCUCUGCUCUGAGUCUGCGGAACAGCUCCAACAGCUGCAGAGUCACAUGGCCCAGGAGACAGCCCAUAAGGGAAGUGAGGUUGUUGCAGGAGUGCUAGACCUUGGGACGAUGGAAGUCUUACCUGUUUUUGGGGCCAUGCAGAAAGGUCUCCUAGACCAAGAAACAGGCCUUCUACUGUUGGAAGCCCAAGUGAUCUCAGCUGGCCUUCUGGUUCCCAAUACUAAUGAAAAGCUCUCUUUGAUGGAAGGCCUGGCAAGAGGCAUCAUAAACUGCAGGACCAACCAGGUGCUGCAGGAACUGCAGAGUGCAAUCCAGCUGAUAGACAACACUGAUCUGAAAGGCAAGCCAUUUCUUCCAGUUGUGGUGGCAAUGGAAGAUGGAACAAUUAGCGAAAGCAUUGGGCUAAAAAUCUUAGAAAUGCAGCUUCUUACUGGGGGGUUCAUAGACCCUUCCGGUCAUGGAAGAAUAAGCUUAGAAGAGGCACUUCAAAGAGGUAUCAUUACCACACGUCUUCAUGGGAAGUUGACAUCUGGCCUGAGAACUUGCAAUGUUUUGAUCGACCCCAAUUCAGCCAAGAAAAUUAGCUGGAAUGACUUGAUGCAGCAAUGCAUCCUUCACCAAGAGACAGGACUGAGGUUACUUCCAGUCAAACAGCUAGCAGGUGGGAUGGUGAGCUUAAAAUCAGGCCAGAAAGUGAACAUCUUCCGUGCAGUUCAGGAAGGGCUGAUAGAGAAGCAGGUAACAGUGAGGUUACUGGAAGCCCAGCUCUUUGCUGGUGGCAUUAUGGACCCUAAAAGUGGCCACCGAUUGACUGUGGAUGAGGCUGUAACACAUAAUUUGAUUGACCAAGAUCUGGCUUGUGCCCUUCUGGUCCAACAACUACAGACGGGUGGCAUCAUAGAUACGGUUACAGGAGAGAGGCUUUCGCUGGAUGAAGCAGUAAAAAAAAACUUGGUAACAUCAAGAAUUGCUGUGGUGAUCCUGGAAUCCCUUUGGUCAUUUAUGGGUCUUCUUUGGCCUGAGUCAGGUGAGAUUCUCUCUGUUGCAGAUGCACUGGAGCAGGGUAUCCUGUCUUCUGAGCUGGGCUAUAAAAUUCUUAGCAACAGGCAGUGCAUCAGGGCGCUUUAUAUACCAGAAACCAGGGAGAUCCUGUCUUGGCACAAAGCUGUUGACUGUGGGAUCUUGAACAAAGAUGUUGCUAAGAAACUAAAAUCGACCUGCCUUCUUGACAUCAUGCCAAAUAUGCCCUUAUCAGACUCCCCAAGCAGACUCAAAAGGAGCAUCUCUUUCUCAGAUAGCCCAAUGCAUCAUGAGGACCAAAGCACAUGUCCACUAAAAAGCUAUGAAGAACGGAUAUUGUUUAAUUUGAUGACCCACAGCUAUGUCAACAUCCACAAUGGCCAAAAAUUGCUUCUAGUAGAUGGGGAGCUAAGCAACCUUGUUGAAAUCCUUCUGCAGGCACACAAAAAUGGGUCUAACACUCACCCUCUAGAAGCUAGCAAUAACCAGCCCCAAGAAUGGGAUGAUGAGGAAGGGAUGAUUGCAACUCUGGAAGCUGAACCUUGUAAUGACUUAGCUUUGGAGAAGUUCAGAUUUAAUUCUUCACCAGAAAAAGAGCUUGAGAGAAAUCUGUCAUCGGACAUUUGUCCACCCACUGAAAAGUUUGAAAUGGAAAUUAGAUAUCUUCCAGUGAAAAAUGUAGAAAGAAGUGUGAAUGUGAAGAAGCAGGAGAAGGAAGUGGACCUUGCAGAAGACUUCGAAGGUGAAAUGGAUGACCCCAGAAGAGGGCAAGAACUGAUUAUCAUCCAGGGCAGGAGUGAAUUGGAAUGGCCAUUGUGCAAAUCCAUAAAGGAUUCUGACUUUGAAAGAGAACUUCCAAAUAUGGAGGUCACAUGGGAAGAUACUAAAUUUGCAAAACAACCAGCAGAAGAGGAGAAUAUGCUUUUGAAAGAGCAGGAGAGAAUCUCUGAAAUCAGAAGAAAUGAUGUUGAAAAAGAAACCAAUAUUUCUACUGGUGAUUUUGAGAGGACAGAAGAAUGUCAAAACUUGAAGGUGGAUGCUUUGGAAGAGGUGACCCUUGCAGGGAUAAAUGGAGGUGCUGAAGCUAUGAAUUGGUUGAAUAUAGAAAAAGUGGCAAAUGGGUCAAUAGACAGCUUUGUUUACCAAGUUGAUGAGAAAACUACAGAUGAGCAUAUGAAAGAAAGACAGUUAGGUGUAAAAGAAAAAAUGGUUCAUUUCCAUCAAACGGAUAGUUCUGUAUUGCCAAAACUGUCCACGGAACUGGGAGAAGAUAAUACCCUGAACAUGUUACUGGCACAGCUCCAGGCUGGUGGCAUAGUUCAUGAACAGACAGGGAAGAAGAUGCUCCUGGAUGAGUCCAUUGCCUGUGGAGUUGUGCCUAGCCAUACAGCUGUCAAACUGCUGGGCAAGAUGAAAAUGUUCAGCGGCUUUUUUGAUGCAGAGAACUGCGAAUCAUUAACCACUGAAGAAGUAAUUGGUGAAGGACUCAUGGAUGAGAAACUUCUGCAGAAGGUGCUUGCAUCUGAUCAAGCCAUAAGCGGUGUUAUAGACCCACUAAGCAAAACCAUUUACUCCAUCAAGGAUGCAUCUGAGGUUGGUCUGUUGGACAAAGAAACUGCUGCAAGAAUUCUGGAAGGGCAGGUGGUUACUGGUGGAAUUGUUGACUUCAAGCGUAACAAGAAAAUGUCAGUCACGUUGGCAUCCAACCUUGGUCUACUACAACGACCGAUGCAAGAAGGUCUUAAGAAGCUAGAGAAAGCAUCUAAGGGGAAAGGUGUUGAUGAUGCAACCAAAGAGAAACUAAUUGUUUUGCAGGCUGAAACACGUGGUAUUUUAGAUCCUAAAACUAAAGAACCUUUGACGGUCACCCAGGCUGUAGAAAAGGGACUACUGGCUAAGGACAAAGCCUUUCAACUCCUGACCAAGCAGAUAGCCAGUGGAGGAAUCCUUCACCACAAAACAGGCAUAAGGCUUCCAGUUGAGGGUGCUAUGGAGCAUGGAUUGAUUGACCAAGCCUUCUACGAAGAUCUCAGAAAGGCAGAAAGUGUGUGCCUGCAUCAGCAUAUUCAUCCAGAAACCAAAGAACUUGUGUCAUUACCUCAAGCCAUAUCCCUGGGACUAGUCAGCUCAGAUUUUCAAAGCAAAGUUCAAGAGAUACAAGCCUCAACUGGAAGCAUAUUUGACCCUGUCUCUGGCCAGAAAGUUGCAUUGACUAAAGCUGUGAAGGAAGGGUUAUUGCCCAAGCAAAUUAUGGAAAAAGCAGUGGUAUCCUUUGAAAUGAAGCAUGCAGCCAUUCAACCAGAGAGCUGCAGAUUGGUCCCCUAUUCAGAAUUGGUCAGGGAAAGCAAGAUUGACAUUGAAUCAGGGCAGAGAUAUUUGGAGGUUGUUCCCUUUCGAGACCUCAAAGAUGAAGUGACCGGAAAUAUGCUCUUGUGUUCUCAGGCAGUUAAACUUGGUGAAGUAGACCCCAUGCUCGCUUUGAGAUUGUUGCAGGCUCAAGCAGACACAGGUGGCAUCAUAGAAACUUCUACUGGCCAAAGGUUGUCGCUGGCAUCUGCUUUGGAACGAGAAGUGGUGGAUGGAGAUACAGCGAAAAUCAUUGCAGUUAACCAGCUCUUGACUGGAGGAAUUGUUGGUGUUGAGAAUGGAGAACGAGUAACAUUAAAAGAGGCCAUUGAAAAAGGAUUAGUCAGCAAGAAAUUAGCCAAUGCAAUUGAAGAAAGUGUUCCAAUAACCAAUGAUGUAUCUGGACAUGAAGACUUGGGAAAACAUCAAGGAUACCAACCAGAGCUGUUGCUGCAAAAUGGUACAUCGAAGACUGAAAUAUUGGCCCUUUGUAAAAAUGAUACUGAGAGUGUUGUUGAAGAAGUGCGAUCUGAAUCAGUGGAUUGCAGCACAUCUGAAGACACCACUACUGAUUCUUUGAGAGGAAUUUGGGAGACACCAAAAGAAUUCAGUGAGACACUACUGCCCUCCCUUCCUCUUACUUCUGCCAGGGACAGUUUAGCUAGUCAACUUUUAGGGGAAGGUAAGCUGGCACCUGAGCUUGCCUUAAUGUUAGACCCAGUUGAAGCUGCAAGAGUGAAGAGCCAGAAAAAAACCGUUAGGGGGAAAAGUAAAUUGAGGGGAAAAGAGCUCUGGAAAGUAGAGUUAGAAGAGCAAGCAGAAAGUGAUCAAGUGAUGGAAAAGAAAUUGAAAGGAAUUGCAUCUCAGGAAGAUGUCAUGUUGAAGCAGUUCAUUAAUAGGGAACAGGAACAAAAAUGUUCUGAGGAAGAGAAUGAUAGCACAUCCAUCAUUCUUGAGGUAGCUCAGGGAGCCAUCUGCUUAGAAUCUCUGGAGAUGGCAGCAUCAAAGGAACUCAGUUCUGAAGGUGAGAAAGAAAAAGUUGACAUAAAUUCUAAAGUACCUGCCAGAGUUGCUGAGUCCAAGAAGAAGCCCUUGGAUAAAAUUGAACCACCAAGCCCAGGAACUGAAUUAAGAGCCCAGGAUUUUAGCACUUUAGAAAGCACUGAUGUAAAAACCACCAAGAAAAAGAAAACAAAAAAGAAUCGAAAACAGGUUCCUGUCCAAAUAGAAUCUUCCCAAGAGAGACUGUCUCUUCCUAUUCCAGAUUCCAAGGAAACAUUGAUGAGAAGAAUUGAGGAGGAGUUGGCCUCUGGUGUUAGAGAAACCUUCCUGGAGAAUAUGCCUGGCAGAGUGAUGAGCAAUCUGGUAACACCAGAACAAGCUGAGGUUAAAAGACCAGACUGGCAAGCAUUUACAAAAGAAAAGAAGCAAGUCCGAGUUAAAGAGAAUAUUACAGAUGACCAGAAAGUUAACAUUACCCCGAAAAAGGAUGAUCCCAGAAAGUUAACUGAAGAAGACACCAGCACUUCCCAUGAUGGGUUGGCCAUGAUAGAUAUACGAGAAGAAAAAGUAUUUCAAGAAAAGGCCAAAGAACCACUUUUGCCAGAAGACCGGACACCCAUUGUGACUGCUGUAGAUGACACAGAACCCUUUGGGCCAUCUGAGCCAAAGACAGAGGACCUGCAAAGCAGUGAGAUUUUAGAGGGCAAGAUAAGCUGUGAUUCUUCUUCGCCAUUGCUCACACAACAGGAUACAUUCCAGGAUACGGUCACUAGAGGAAGCGUCAGCAUUGAUGUUAAAGCAUUGUCCAUGGCUAAGCAAAGAGAGGAGACGUGGCAAGUUGAUUCUAAAGAAGACAAGACAGUCGGCCCAGUGGCACAGAUCCUGCGAGAGAAUGAGUUUCCAGAAGGCAUGAGAGAAUCUUCUAGAAUACCUCAUGUGCAACAGGAUGUAAUCCUGAAAAUAACCAGAGAAAACGAGAAUGCUGGUGAAGUCGAAGAAGGGGAAGAGAGACUGCGCGAUACUCCCAAACCAGCCAAGGCUCCAUACAGCAAACAGCUUUGCCUGAACUAUGACGAGAAAUUGGUUGUAUUGCUGUCCAGGGUGCGCGACAUUGAGAUGCGCAUCCAGCAGGUUCAGCUGGCAGAACUGGACUUGGUGGCGCUGCAGGACCAGCUUCGCCAGGCCGUGGCCUUGGAUGUAGAACUAAACAACCUGUCAGCUCCAGUGAAUCAGGAUCUGGAAACAGUGAGAGGGAUUGUGGCCAGACCUCCCCAAGAGGUCCCUGAGCAAUUACUGAAAGCUUUGGAGAAAGACGCCAAGAACCUUCAAAAGUCUUUUGGCUCUGUGAGUGAAGUCUUGGCCUCUUGGCUGCUAAACCUUCGCACUGCAGCAGAAGCAGAAAAGGCUAAAGUCCUAACGCAGCAUGAAAAGCUCCAGAGCAAACUGCAAGAGCUGCUGAGCUGGGUGUCCGACACCACACAGUUUCUCAACGGUCUUGAAUCCCACAGCACAACGGAUGCCAGCAGUUUGAAUUCCUGCCUUCAGAGCUACAUGGAGCUGAAAAUGCCCCUUGCAGACACCAAAGCUCAGCUCGACGAUGCAGCCUUUGACAUUCAGUUCUUCAUUUCCGAGCACGCUCAAGACUUGACCCCUGAGCAAAGCAGGCAGCUGCUGAGGCUGCUGAAUGAACUGCAGAGGUCUUUCCGGGAGCUUUCCGAGAGACUGGGCACUCGGGCGGAGGUCCUGCAGGUCUGUCUCCAGCAGGUGGAGCAGACAGAUCAGACACUCCAAGAACAGCACACAAUACGCAACCAGAAGUUGGAGGAAUUGUGCACCUGGAUGAAUCAGGCUGAGACCCAGCUGCUGCAUCCGCAGGAAGUCACUGGAGAAGGAGAACUCUCAGUGCUGGAACGGAGGCAGAGUGAUGUGAAGGACCUGCAGAGGAGCAUGCACAGCCGGGCAGCUUCCUUUGCAACCACCUUGAAAGCGACGGAGGAGUUCCUGGAGGAGAACCGAACAAAGCUAGACCCCAGGGAGCUGGCAUCCCUGCAAGGAAGAUUCUGUCAGGCUAAGGAGCAGUACCAGUCCUUGCAGGAGAGGGCGGAAGCGGCUCAGAAGGAGCUUGAGAGUGCUGUAAGCACCGUGGUGCAGCAGCAGACAGAAAAGGUUAGAGCUGUCAAAGACUUUGAAGAAAACCGGAAUAAGAUUGAAUCCCUUCUCCACUGGGUGGCUUCAUUGAAGCAGCACAGGGCGUUUGCAGAAGUAGCUGGAGGGCAUGGAGAUGGAAGAGUCCAAGAUAAUCUUGAUGGUCAAUGGAUGGAAGUGAACAGAGUUGAAGAGAAGCUCAGUUUGCACUACAACAACUUGAAGGUCCGCCACCAAGAGCUUCUCUCUCAGCAGCAAGACAUCAUUCUCACCACGCAGUCAGCCCAGGCCUUCCUGGACAAGCAAGGCCACAAUCUAGCACCAGAGGAGAAACAGAGACUCCAGGGAAGGCUAGAAGAGCUGAAGGACCAGUAUGCCACUGCCUUGUCUCAGUCAGAGGUGCAGCUCAAGCAAGUGCAGGCGCUCCGCGAUGAGCUGCAGAAAUUUCUGCGGGACCACAUGGAGUUUGAGGCCUGGCUGGAACAGGCUGAGCAGGAGUUGGAGAAGAUGCACGAGGGAGACGGCCGCCUCGAAUCCCUUCAGCCUAAGCUGCGCCGACAAAGCAGCUUCUCCGAAGAUGUGAUCUCCCACAAGGGAGAUUUGCGGUUUGUUACUAUGUCAGGGCAGAAAGUGCUGGAUGCCGAGAAGAUGGUGACUGCUGAGCCUGGAGGACCUCCAGUGCCUGCAGUUUUAGCCACUGGAACCUUAGUGAAGAGCAAGUUGGACGAUGCCACCAAGAGAUAUGGUGCUGUGCACUCCAAGUGUACUGCGCUUGGUUCUCAUCUGAACAUGCUGCUGGAUCGCUCACAACAAUUUCAGGAUGUAGCAGAAUCUCUGAGGACGUGGUUGCGAGAGAGCGAAGAGGGCGUGGCGAAUCUCCUUCUAGAGCCCGUGUCCUCGGACCCGGCCGUUUUGCAGAAGCAGCUUGCCAGUGCCAAAUGCCUGCAAGAGGAUCUUGCGGUGCAUCAGGUGCCUGUGGAGAAGCUUGAGAAGGCAGCUCGGUCCCUCCUGGAAAUACACAAAGCACCUGUACCCGACCACAGAGGGAUACAGCAAACCACAGAUUCCAUUGUGAGCCGUUUCCAGAAUCUUUCUUGCCGGAUGGCGGAGCGCUCAGAUCUCUUGCAGAAGUCCAUUGCCCAGUCUCAGAGUGUCCAGGAGGGACUGGAGAGCCUCCUUCAGUCCAUGGCUGACGUGGAGAAGGAUCUCCAGAAGGAGGAGGUGGCUGCUUUCUCCUCCACCUCCAUUCAAGAGGCUCUUGCCACAAACAUGAAACUGAAGCAGGACAUUGCUAGGCAAAAAAGCAGCCUGGAAGCUACACGGGAGAUGGUGACACGGUUCAUGGAGACUGCCGACAGCGCCACGGCUGCAGCCCUGCAGAGCCAGCUUGCGGAGGUGACGGAGCGCUUUGGCCGCCUGUGGCGGCAGCGGCAAGAGAAGGAGGACGGCCUGAAGGAUCUUCUCCCCAAAGUGGAGCAGUUUGAACAGCUCUCUGAGAAGCUCCAGCAGUUCACUGAGAGCCGGACGCGGCUACUGGCCUCGGGGAACCAGCCCGAUCAUGGCAUUGCUCACUUCUCCCAGCAGAUCCAGGAACUGAAUUCUGAGAUGAAGCAGCGGCAGGAAGACCUGGACACAUUGGAACGUCUGACUACAGAGCUGAGCUCUUGUGGAUUUGCCAUGGUGGGCUCUUCCUUGCACCAGGAGAAGGUGCGCGAUUUGCGGAAAGACUUCUUGCAACUGCAGAAAGCAGCAAAGGAGAGAGAGAAAGGUGCAUCAUCCUGCCAGGAGCAGUUGGAUGAAUUCCGAAAACUGGUUGGGUCCAUCAGGCAGUGGCUGAAAGAAACUGAGGGGAAUAUCCCAGCCAUGGAGACUUCUUUGGGCAGCCAUGAGUUGGAGAAGCGGAUGCAGCAAAUUGAGGUCUUCUUGGAAGAAUGGACAGGAAAGGGAGUUCUCGUGGAGGAGAUAAACCGCAGAGGGACAGCCUUAGAGAAUUUAAUAGUUGAGAUUACAGCUCCCGAUGCACAAUCCAAGACAGGUUCUGUGCUGCCCGCUGGGGGAAGUUCUAUAGGCAGCGUUAAUGGAUAUCACACCUGCAAAGACUUGACAGAGAUCCAGUGUGAUGUGUCAGAUGUGAACCAGCAGUACGAGGCGCUCGGGGAUGCCUUACGGGGACGCCAGGAACACCUGUCAGCCAUGUUGGCAAAGAUGAGAGAUGCCCAGGAGGAGGUGGGCUCCGUGCUGAAGUGGCUGGAGUCGAAGGAGCAGGCCUUGACGGCACUGGAAGCUUCCUCCUCGCCUACCAAGUCAGAGACGAUGAGGGCUCAAGCAGAGCACAACAAGGCACUUCUGGCUGAGCUGGAGCAGAAUGCUGUAAAGAUUCAGAAAGCAAAGGAGUUGCUCUCUGGGCUCCUGGAGAAAUAUCCUGAAUCGCCAGAAGCAGAAAAUUGGAAGAGGAUGUUGGAGGACUUAAAUUCCAGGUGGGAGCAUGCCAACCAGGUGACGGUGGAGCGGCAGCAGAAGCUUGAGAAAUCGGCCAAUGAGCUGGCAAGUUUCCAGGUGGCUGAAGGCCAGCUGCGCCCAUGGCUGAUGGAGAAGGAGCUCAUGAUGAGUGUGCUUGGCCCCCUGUCCAUCGAUCCCAACAUGCUGAAUGCACAAAAGCAGCAGGUCCAGUUCAUGCUGAAGGAAUUUGAAGCUCGCAAGCAGCAGUACGACCAGUUGAAUGAGGCAGCCCAAGGGAUACUGACCUGCCCCAAGGAAAUGUCUCCAUCCACCAACCACAUGCAUGAGGAGCUCCAAGCUGUCAACCAGAAAUGGACUGAGCUCACAGAGCGGCUCAACUCCCGUUCCAGCCAAAUCGACCAGGCCAUUGUCAAGAGCACCCAGUACCAAGAGCUGCUUCAGGUGUUGUCUGAGAAGGUUAAGGCUGCUGGGCAACGCCUGAGCACCCAACCUGCCAUCAGCACCCAGCCAGAGGCUGUGAAGCAGCAGCUGGAGGAAACGAGCGAAAUCCGGUCUGACCUGGAGCAGCUGGAAGACAGGAUCACGGAGGCUCAGGGCCUGUGUGAAGAGCUCUCUGUUCUCAUUGGAGAACCGUACCUCAAGGAUGAACUGAAGAAGCGCUUGGAAACCGUGGCUCUCCCUCUCAGGGGCUUGGAGGACUUGGCAGGUGACCGGAUGAAUCGAUUGCAGACGGUGCUGGCAAGCUCCAAGCAGUUCCAGCAGAUGUUUGAUGAGCUCCAUACUUGGCUGGAUGACAAAGUGAGGCAGCAGGCACAGAGCGGGCCAAUCUCAGCCAAGCUGGAAAGGUUGCAGUCUCAAAUCCAGGAGCAGGAAGAACUGCAAAAGAGCCUCAACCAACACAGCGGCUCCUAUGAAAUGAUUGUGAAGGAGGGCGAGUCUUUGCUUCUCUCUGUUCAUCCUGGGGAGGAAAAGGCCAGUUUACAAAGCCAGCUGAUCAACUUGAAAACAAACUGGGAGGAGCUUAGUAAGCAAAUUUUGGACCGGCACUCCAAACUCAAGGACUGCUUACAGAAGGCUCAGAAAUACCAGCGUCAUGUAGAAGACCUUUUCCCAUGGGUGGAGGAUUGCAAGUUAAAGAUGUUGGAGCUGGAAGUCACUCUGGAUCCAGUGCAGCUGGAAGCCACUCUCCUGAGGUCAAAGGCCAUGUUGAGCGAUGUAGAGAAACGGCGCUCUCUUCUGGAGAUGCUGAACAGUGCAGCUGACAUCCUCAUUAACGCAUCGGAAAUGGAUGAAGACGACGUCCGGGAUGAGAAAGCAAGGAUCAACCAGAAGAUGGAUGCCAUUACAGAGGAGCUCCAAGCAAAGACGGGUUCCCUUGAAGAAAUGUCACAACGCCUGAAGGAGUUCCAAGAAAGUCUUCGGAACAUUGAGAAGAAACUACAAGGGACAAAGCACCAGCUAGAAAUUUAUGAGGCUCUAGGUCCUCAGGCCUGCAGUGGUAAGAACUUGGAGAAGCUGAGAGUCCAACAGGAAACUCUCCAGGCAUUGGAACCCCAGGUGGAUUACCUAAGGAAUUUCACUCAAGGUCUGGUGGAAGAUGCUCCAGAUGGGUCAGACUCGUCCCAUCUCUUAUGCCAGGCUGAGGCCACCCAGCAAGAUUUCAAAGCAGUCAAACAAAAAGUCAACGAAUGUUGUGGACUUAUGGAAAGCAAACUUGAAGGAAUUGGACAAUUUAAUAAUCAUAUUCGAGAGAUGUUCUCUCAUCUGGCCGACUUAGACGAUGAGUUAGAUAGCAUGGGCCCAGUUGGGAGAGAUAUGGACAGCCUCCAGUCCCAAGCAGAAGAUGUCCAUGAAUUCCUGGGCAAACUUCAGCGGCUGAGGUUGGACAUCCAAGCUUCUGAAGAGAAAUGCAGGCAGAUGUUGGAUGAUGAAGGAAGCCCUGACCUCAUAGGACUGAAACGUGAACUGGAGACCUUAAAUAAGCAAUGUGGCAAGUUGACUGAAAGAGGCAAAAGUCACCUGGAACAGGUGGACACAACACUGGCUCGUGUCAAGGACUUCUACAACAAGCUGAAGGAGCUGAACUACAUGACAGCCACUGCAGAAGAGAGUGAAGCAUUGCAAUGGGUGGUCGGGACAGAAGUGGACGUGAUCAACCAGCAGUUGUCAGAUUUCAAGACGUUCCAGAAGGAGCAAGUCGACCCUCUUCAGCUGAAACUGCAGCAAGUCAAUGGACUUGGGCAGGGACUUGUCCAGAGUGCGGGAAAGGAUUGCGACGUGCAGGGCUUGGAACAUGACAUGGAAGGCAUCAACGCCCGGUGGAAUACCCUCAACAAAAAGGUGGCCCAGAGAAUUGCGCAACUGCAAGAAGCCCUGUUGCAUUGUGGGAAAUUCCAGGAUGCCUUGGAGCCUUUGCUCAGCUGGCUAGCAGACACUGAGGAGCUCAUCUCCAACCAAAAGCCACCAUCUGCUGAAUAUAAAGUGGUGAAGGCUCAGAUCCAGGAGCAAAAGCUGCUCCAACGUCUCCUGGAUGACCGGAAAGCUACUGUUGAGAUGAUCCAAGCAGAGGGUGGGAGAAUAGCCCAGUCUGCCGAACCAGUGGAUCAGGAGAAGAUAGUUGGCCAACUAGACAGUCUUGGAAACCACUGGGCAGGCCUUCUCGGCAAAGCUACGGCCAGGCAAAUUCAGCUGGAGGAGAUCCUGGUUUUGGCCAAGCAAUUCCACGAGACGUCCGAGCCCAUCUCUGACUGGUUGUCAGUGACGGAAAAGAAACUGGCCAACUCCGAGCCCAUUGGGACUCAGACUGCAAAAAUCCAGCAGCAGAUCGCCCGGCACAAGGCUCUAGCAGAAGAGAUAGAGGGUCGCGCUGCGGCGGUGUCUCAGGCGGUCAUAAUUGGGCAGUCCCUGGCCGCCCUGAGCUGCCAAGCCGAGCAGGCCUUGCUGGCCGAGAAACUCGACCUCCUCGAGUCACGCUACGCGGAGAUCUGUGACAAGUGUGGCCGGAAGGCGGCCCUUCUCGACCAGGCUUUGUCCAACGCCCGGCUCUUUGGGGAGGACGAGGUGGAGGUUCUCAACUGGCUGGCUGAGGUUGAGGACAAGCUCAGCUCAGUGUCCGUCAAGGAUUACAAGCGGGAUGUCCUGCAGAGGCAGCAUGCAGACCAGCUGGCUUUGAAUGAUGAGAUUGUGAACCGCAAGAAGAAUGUAGACCAGGCCGUUAAGAAUGGGCAGGCCCUCCUGAAACAAACCACAGGGGAAGAGGUGCUCCUUAUCCAAGAGAAACUAGAUGGCAUCAAGACCCGUUACUCUGACAUCACCGCCACCAGCUCAAAGGCUCUCCGGACAUUAGAGCAGGCGCGGCAACUGGCCACCAAGUUCCAGUCUGCGCAUGAGGAGCUGACUGGCUGGAUAACUCAAGUGGAAGAGGAGCUGAUGUCUGGUGGGGGGCUUUCUCCUGUCGGAGAGCAGAUCCCUCAGUUCCAGCAGAGGCAGAAGGAGCUGAAGAAGGAGGUGAUGGAACACAGGCUUAUUCUGGACACCGUGAAUGAAGUGAGUCGCGCCCUCUUGGAGCUGGUGCCCUGGCGUGCCCGCGAAGGGCUGGAUAAGGUCGUCUCGGAUACUAACGAGCGGUACAAACUGAUCAGCGACACCAUCAAGCAAAGGGUGGAAGAAAUCGAUGCUGCGAUACAAAGGUCCCAACAGUACGAGCAAGCGGCCGAUGCAGAGCUCGCCUGGGUCGCUGAGACAAAACGGAAACUGUCCGCGCUUGGCCCCAUUCGCCUGGAGCAAGACCAAACCACCGCACAGCUGCAGGUCCAGAAGGCUUUCUCUAUUGACAUAAUUCGACACAAAGAUUCUGUGGAUGAGCUGUUGAGCCAGCGCAGUGAGAUUUUUGGAACUUGUGGAGAGGAACAAAAAGCCAUGCUCCAGGAGAAGACGGAGUCUCUUCUGAAGCAGUACGAGGAUAUCAGCCACCUGAAUUCGGAGCGCUAUGCCCGCCUGGAGCGGGCCCAGGUCUUAGUCAACCAGUUCUGGGAGACCUACGAGGAGCUCAACCCGUGGCUUGAGGAGACGCAGGUGCUAAUCGGGCAGCUGCCCCCUCCGGCAGUCGACCACGAGCACCUCAAGCAACAGCAAGAAGACAUGAGGCAACUGAGGGAGUCUAUCGCCGAACACAAGCCCCAUAUUGACAAGCUGCUGAAGAUCGGGCCGCAAUUGAAGGAGCUGAACCCGGAAGAAGGGGAGAUGGUCCAGGAGAAGUACUCGGCAGCGGAAGCCGCCUAUGCCCGCAUCAAAGAGGAGGUCCGCCAGCGGGCUCUGGCACUGGAUGAAGCCGUCUCGCAGUCAACGCAGUUCCAUGAUAAGAUUGAGCCAAUGCUGGAGACUCUGGAGACCCUCUCCUCCCGCCUGCGCGUGCCCCCACUCAUCCCGGCCGAGGUCGAAAAGAUCCGGGAAUGCAUCAGUGACAACAAAAACGCCACGAUGGAGCUGGAGAAGUUGCAGCCGUCCUUCGAAGCUCUGAAACGCCGCGGGGAAGAGCUGAUUGGGAGAUCGCAAGGAGCAGAGAAGGAUCUAGCGGCCAAAGAAAUCCGGGAUAAAUUAGAUCAGAUGGUGUUUUUUUGGGAGGACAUCAAAACUCGGGCCGAGGAACGUGAAAUCAAAUUCCUCGAUGUCCUGGAACUGGCAGAGAAAUUUUGGUAUGACAUGGCUGCACUGCUGACCACCAUCCGAGAUACGCAGGACAUUGUCCAUGACCUGGAGAGUCCUGGGAUUGACCCAUCAAUCAUCAAACAGCAGGUUGAAGCAGCAGAGACUAUCAAGGAGGAAACGGACAGUUUACACGAAGAACUGGAAUUCAUCCGGAUCCUCGGGACCGAUCUGAUUUUUGCCUGUGGCGAGACCGAAAAGCCAGAAGUGAAGAAAAGCAUUGAUGAGAUGAACGGUGCCUGGGAAAACCUGAACAGAACCUGGAAGGAGAGGCUCGAGAGGCUGGAGGAGGCCAUGCAGUCGGCAGUGCAGUAUCAGGAUACCCUGCAGGCCAUGUUUGACUGGCUGGACAACACCGUGAUUAAACUCUGCAACAUGCCCCCCGUGGGUACGGACCUCAACACUGUCAAAGAGCAGCUGAACGAGAUGAAGGAAUUUAAAAUGGAAGUUUACCAGCAGCAAAUUGAGAUGGAGAAACUGAAUCACCAAGGGGAGCUUAUGCUUAAAAAAGCUACAGAUGAGACGGACAGAGACAUCAUUAGGGAGCCUCUGACAGAGCUGAAGCAUCUCUGGGAGAACCUGGGUGACAAAAUAGCCCAUCGGCAGCACAAGUUGGAAGGAGCUCUCUUGGCCCUCGGCCAAUUUCAACACGCGUUGGCCGAGCUGAUGUCAUGGCUGACCCACACGGAAGAGCUGCUGGAUGCACAAAGGCCCAUCAAUGGUGACCCCAAGGUCAUUGAAGUGGAAUUAGCGAAGCACCACGUGCUGAAAAACGACGUGCUGGCCCACCAGUCUACAGUGGAAACGGUGAACAAGGCUGGCAAUGAGCUCCUGGAAUCCAGCGCAGGGGACGAUGCCAGCAGCCUUCGGGUCCGGCUCGAGACAAUGAAUUCGUGCUGGGAGUCGGUGCUGCAGAAGACAGAGGAGCGGGAGCAGCAGCUGCAGAUGACCCUUCAGCAGGCUCAGGGUUUCCAUGGUGAAAUAGAAGACUUCCUUCUGUGGCUCACAAGGAUGGAGAACCAGCUGUCGGCCUCCAAACCGACAGGUGGGCUGCCGGAAACUGCUCGGGAACAACUGAAUGCCCAUAUGGAGCUCUACGCCCAGUUCAAAGCCAACGAGGAGCCCUAUGGCCAACUCCUGGCUAAGGGGAGGCUGAUGCUUCUCAGCCGGGAUGACUCUGGAUCCGGAUCAAAGACAGAGCAAAGCGUGGCUCUCUUGGAACAGAAGUGGGGCCUCGUCAGUACGAAGAUGGAGGAGCGGAAGUCCAAGCUGGAGGAGGCGCUCAGCUUGGCAACGGAGUUCCAGAAUUCCCUGCAGAGCGUCAUCAUCUGGCUUACUGGCGAUGAGCAGUUUUUGAACGUGGCUCCUCUACCCAGCUUCAUCCUCGACACUGUGCUCUCGCAGAUAGAAGAUCACAAGGUGUUUGCCAAUGAAGUGAAUGCCCACCGAGACCAGAUCAUUGGCCUGGACCAAAGUGGGAGCCAGCUGAAGUUCCUCAGUCAGAAGCCGGACGUGGCCCUCAUCAAGAACCUCCUGGCCAGUGUGCAGUCCCGCUGGGAGAAGGUCGUCCAGCGGUCCGUUGAAAGGGGACGGGCCCUGGACGAUGCCCGGAAGCGGGCGAAACAGUUCCACGAAGCUUGGAAAAAGCUGGUCGACUGGUUGGAAGAUGCUGAAAAUCAUCUGGACUCUGAGCUGGAAAUUUCCAAUGAUCCCGACAAGAUCAAACUGCAGCUCUCUAAGCACAAGGAGUUCCAAAAAACCCUGGGUGGCAAACAGCCUGUUUAUGACACCACGAUCCGGACGGGAAGAGCCUUGAAAGAGAAAGCACAAUUCCCAGAUGAUACCCAAAGCCUGGACCAUCUCCUCGGAGAAGUCCGUGACAAAUGGGACACCGUCUGUGGCAAGUCGGUGGAAAGGCAACAUAAACUGGAAGAGGCACUUCUGUUCUCCGGCCAGUUCAUGGACGCAUUGCAAGCACUGGUUGACUGGUUGUACAAGGUGGAGCCGCAGCUGGCUGAAGACCUGCCUGUCCACGGGGACCUGGAUCUGGUCAUGAACUUAAUGGAUGCCCACAAGGUUUUCCAGAAAGAACUUGGCAAACGAACGGGCACCGUGCAGGUGCUCAAGCGCUCAGGCCGAGAGCUUAUUGAGAACAGCCGCGAUGACACCACAUGGGUGAAAGUGCAGCUGCAGGAACUGAGCACCCGCUGGGACACCGUCUGCAAGAUGUCUGUCUUGAAGCAAACCCGGCUGGAGGAGGCCUUGAAACAGGCGGAAGAGUUCCGGACUGCUGUCCACUUGCUGCUGGAGUGGCUCUCUGAAGCUGAGCAAACCCUCCGCUUCAGGGGAGCUUUGCCCGACGAUGCCGAAGCCCUGCAGUCACUCAUUGAUAUACACAAGGAGUUCAUGAAGAAGGUUGAAGAGAAAAGAUUAGAUGUGAACUCCGCGGUGGGCAUGGGGGAAGUCAUCUUAGCAGUGUGCCACCCGGACUGCAUCACCACCAUCAAGCACUGGAUCACCAUCAUCCGCGCUCGGUUUGAAGAAGUUCUCACGUGGGCAAAACAGCACCAGCAGCGUCUUGAAGUGGCCCUGUCGGAACUGGUAGCCAACGCUGAGCUGUUGGAGGAGCUCCUGGCCUGGAUUCAGUGGGCCGAGACGACGCUGAUCCAGCGGGACCAGGAGCCCACGCCGCAGAACAUCGAGCAGGUCAAAGCCCUUAUUGCAGAGCACCAGUCCUUCAUGGAAGAAAUGACCCGAAAGCAGCCGGACGUGGACCGCGUCACGAAAACAUACAAGAGGAAAGCCACGGAGCCGGCUCACGGACCUUUCACCGAGAAAUCCCGCAGCAAUAGAAAACCCUUGAGCCAGACGGCCCCUCCCCCGAUGCCUAUCCUCUCGCAGUCGGACGCGAAGAACCCGCGCAUCAACCAGCUGUCGGCCCGCUGGCAGCAGGUGUGGCUGCUGGCGCUGGAGCGGCAGCGCAAGCUCAACGACGCCCUGGAUAGGCUGGAAGAGUUAAAAGAGUUUGCAAACUUUGACUUUGACGUGUGGCGGAAGAAGUACAUGCGUUGGAUGAACCACAAGAAAUCACGCGUGAUGGACUUUUUCCGGCGGAUCGACAAAGACCAGGAUGGGAAAAUCACCCGGCAGGAGUUCAUCGAUGGGAUCCUGGCGUCUAAAUUCCCCACGACUAAGUUAGAAAUGACAGCUGUAGCCGACAUCUUUGACCGUGAUGGGGAUGGUUACAUCGACUACUAUGAGUUUGUAGCUGCUCUGCACCCUAACAAAGAUGCUUACCGGCCAACUACAGAUGCAGACAAAAUUGAAGACGAGGUGACAAGGCAAGUGGCUCAGUGUAAAUGUGCUAAGAGGUUCCAAGUGGAGCAGAUUGGAGAGAACAAGUACCGGUUCUUCCUCGGCAACCAGUUUGGCGAUUCGCAACAGUUGCGGCUGGUCCGUAUUCUGCGUAGCACAGUCAUGGUUCGCGUUGGCGGAGGAUGGAUGGCCCUGGAUGAGUUUUUAGUGAAAAAUGAUCCUUGUAGAGUUCACCACCCUGGAAGUAAAAUAAAACGCUCUGAUUCCAGCUCUUCGAUUGCCAGUCAGUCUCCGAUAGCACGAGGAAGAACUAACCUCGAACUUCGAGAGAAAUUCAUUCUCCCAGAGGGAGCUUCUCAGGGAAUGGCACCGUUCCGGUCCAGGGGCCGCAGGUCAAAGCCCUCUUCUCGGGCCGCCUCCCCGACACGCUCCAGUUCCAGUGCCAGCCAGAGCAACCACAGCUGCACUUCCAUGCCAUCGUCCCCAGCCACGCCGGCAAGUGGGACCAAGACUCCGCAUCACUUCACUCGUUGUUAUGACAAACCCUGGUUGGUAAACAGCAAGGCAGGUACCCCUUUGAGGGGCUACGAUAGUGCUGACCUCCACCUGUCUGCUUCUGAGGUCACUCCGUCUUCAAGCAGCAAGCUGAAACGGCCCACUUUCCACUCGAGCCGAACCUCUCUCGCUGGCGAUACCAGUAACAGCUCUUCGCCAGUUUCUUCAGGUGCCAAAACUAAUCGGGCUGAUCCUAAGAAAACAGCCAGUCGUCCUACAAGCCGCGCUGGGAGCCGCACUGGGAGCAGAGCCAGCAGCCGGCGGGGCAGCGACGCCUCCGACUUCGAUCUUCUGGAAACCCAGUCGGCCUGUUCAGACACUUCGGAAAGCAGCGCCACAGGGGGACAGAGCAGUUCCCGGCGGGGCAUGGCAAAGCCCUCCAAAAUCCCCACCAUGUCCAAGAAGACGACCGCUGCCACCCCCAAAAAUCCCGGCCCCAAAAGAUAAUGCGGCACCCACGCCUACAGACACAAAGGAAAACCUGUGUCCCGUUUUUAGCCCGGCUUCGUACAUUGGAUGUAUAUUUAUUCUACGUGGGAGAAAUUAUAUUGUUAAAAGUGUAAAAGAAUAAUUGUGUUAUGAAGCUGCCUUAUUUUGUUCUGUUAAUUUUUUUUAUUUUAUUUUAUUUUUUUUGUACGUUACUAUUUUCAUGUGAAUAUUUAUGUAGAUAAAACUUGCCUUCUGGUGACCCUCUUUGCGUUGGGGGCCCCAGGGAAAAGAAAUGUGGGGGAGAGCAGAAGCAAGCAAAAGGUCAAGAUGUGAAAAUGUAAAAACGAAACACGAAAACAAACAGACAAAAAAAUAUAAAUGGGAUUUCUGUGCAGUGCAGGAGGUGAUCCUGCGUUAUCUUUUAGGGUUGUUUCCUAAAUGCAUCUUUAUAAAAACUUAACUUGCUGUCUCAGCAAGGUAAAUUAUGUUUAAAAGCAACACCUGAACAUCCAGCAGUGUUCAAGGAACUCUCUUUUUUUUUCUUUUUUUGUGUAAAUCAUGGAUACCUCAAUAAGAGAGAAACAUGUGGUGUAGGGGAUCUGGGGCUUCUGUUUCCAGUUUUUAAAAGAAAUCAUUGUGGUUUUACCUGAAGAUAAAGUGGAGUGAGUUUGAAUUCGUCAAUAAACUUUGCACACGCUUCAUUCAAAUAAAGGUGUUCACUAAAAAUGCUGUAUUUAGCAAAACAAAAUCCCUGUCAGCUGCUGGGCUUUUAAAGAGCAACCAGUGCGACAUUUUCAGGGGUGACGCUUGCCGCUGUCCAGAGCCAUCAGGCACCACCGGUGUGGAAGAUUCUGGGGGUGAGGGGCGCACGGCGUUGCCUUUGCGCAGCGGGGCAAAAUGGGAGUUUCUGCAACUUGUUUCUCCUGUCUUGCCCCUGUAAAAAACACACACACAACUGACAUCACUUUUUAGUUCACAAACUGCUAUUUAACUGCAUCAUUUCCUAUUUAUUAUUUCAACUGACCUGCGGGAGACCCUGCACGCCAGCGAAGAAGAGCUGCCUUCAACACGCACAGUCGCUUGUUCUUAGAAACGUUAAAAGAGUGUAUCACCAGCAGCCCACGUGAACGCCGGCCCCCUCUCUCCCGCCUGUCCUGCGCCCCCCCCUUUUCCCUUUAUGAAGGGAAGAAGACGACAGGCGAGUGGGCGAUAAUGACCGCAAAGACGGGAGAGGGGAGGGAAUUGGGGGGCAACCUGGUCUUCCGGUAUUUAUUAACUUGUGCUCUUUCCCUGCUCUGACUGACCAUAUUGCUGUGUGAUUCUCUCAGUUGGUUUAAUUGAGCCAGAACCUGAAGCUCUACCAAUGAAUUGUUUAAAAAAAAAAAAGACACUUUUUGUAUUAAAAUUGCUUGCAGUAAUAAUAAAAAAAGAAAUUUGCCUCUAAUUUUAUGCUGCAUAGUAAACCACUGGAUUGUGGGGAGGGGGGGGAUUUACAGGCUCAUGUUUUCCUCCCGUGACUUUUCCUCCCUCCGAGAAGUGAACCCGGUUCUUCAUCUGUGGUUACUUGUUCUCAAGCCAUCUGAACCACCACAUGGUGAACUAGGGGUUUCCAAGCAAUCACAGGUUAUUGUGAAAUCAACCAGCUUAGUUUUCAUACAGGGCCUCUGAUCAGUGCUAAGAGAUCCACUCUGCUUGCUCCUGGCUUUUGCACAACUUGUACAUCUGCUUCUCUGUCUAAAGCCCCUUUAAAGCCAUCUAAGCCAGUGGCUUUAAAAGGACAAAUCCAGAAGGCUAUCAGUGACUACUAGUCGUACUGGCUCUGUGGAACCCCCAUGGCCAGAGACCGUCUACCUCUCAGUACUGGGAGAGGGUAACCACUUUGCAUGCCUUGUGACCUCUCUGGUGACCACUUGGGCCAGAGGAUGCUGGACUAGAUUCCCUUUUGGCCUGAUCCAGCAGGGCUCUUCUGACUUUGCUACAUCUCAGCAGACGUCUUUAUUACAAGCUGGCAUCUGUGGGCAAAGGCGUUGUACUACUCAUUCCUCUGCCUUCCUCCUUACUAUCUUAAGAUGGGGCUCUAGGCUUAACACCACAACCUUGCCCAGAAACAAUUCCUGCUACCCCGUUUAUUAUUAUUUUUAAUCUCUAGGCUAAGGAGAAGUUUUGUACAACUCAGAAAUUUGCAUCCUAUAUUGUAAACCUAACAUUGGUUGCUCCUAAUAAAGGUGGUGUUUUACAGCA